UAUUCAGUUUACUUCUGUUCUUCACUAUAAUAUUUUCUUUAAGUAACGAGUGAAAUAAGUGGUAUCACAAUGAGGUUUACGGUGUUUCUCGGCAUAGCCUUGCUUAUGCUUUUAGGCGUUUCCGCGGAGGAAAAAGCAAAGGCAAAGGAAGAAAAAAAGCCCGUGGAAGCGAGCAAAAAGCAAGACAAGCGAGGCUUGUUCGAACAUGAUUUCGGUGGUCAUGAUUUCGGCGGUCAUGAUUUCGGCGGUAGCCACAGCUACAGCAGCCAUGACUUUGGUCACCAAGAAGUCAUCCAUCAAGAGCCAUCAUAUCAUCAUUAUGAAGAACCAAUUCAUCAUCAUCAUCAUCAUGAGGAAAAAACUUUACAUGUCAUCAAGAAAGUUCCAGUGCCAGUCCCUCAUUACAAAACCGUUCAUGUUCCACAAGUAAAGGAAGUUCAUGUUCCAUACCACGUUAAGGUUCCAAAGCCUUACCCAGUUGUCAAACAUGUUCCAUAUGAAGUUAAGGAAAUUGUGAAAGUGCCAGUUCAUAUCGAAAAACCUUAUCCAGUUGAAAAGAUCGUCCACUAUCCAGUGCACAUUAAAGUUGACAAACCAGUGCCUUAUGAAGUUAAAGUGGCUCAACCAUACCCAGUUGUGAAAGAAAUCAAAGUUCCAGUCGAAGUUAAAGUACCAAAACCAUACCCAGUUGAAAAGACCGUCCACUACCCUGUUGAGAGAAUCGUUCAUGUUGACAAACCUUACCCUGUUGAAAAAGUUCAACAUUAUCCAGUUCAUGUGAAGGUUGAUCGUCCAGUCCCAUAUAAUGUUGAAAAACCUUAUCCAGUCUACCACGAGAAGAAGGUGCCAGUCCCUGUCUACAAAGAAGUCAAAGUUCCCCAUCACGUUCAUGUUGACAACCCUGUCCCAGUGUACAAGGAAAAGAGAAUCGAAGUACCAGUAAAGGUUCCUUAUGCAGUCCCAUACGCAGUCCACAAAGAAGUUCCUUAUCCAGUCUAUAAGGAAGUUAAAUACCCAGUUCACAUUCCCGUGGAACGACCAGUCCCAAUCACACUCGAGAAACAUGUCCCACAUGUAGUUGAACAACACAAACCUUAUCACAUUGAAGUUCCAACCCACCACCAUGGACAUUCACAUGAAGAACACGGACACUACUAAAUUUUAUUGUGAUAAAAAUUUCUAAUUGAAUUUUCAUAGAUUUGUAGUUUCUCAUUCAUUUCUUUCUUACCCUUAACUUGAAACUCUUACCCUUAAGAUACUCAACUCAUAUAAGUUCCAUUGCCACCAAAAAAAUAAGCAUCAACAUAAUUACAGUAGCAUCACAACACAUCACGCCCAUCACAAGAGAAUGUGUCAAAACAUAAAACCAAAUUGAGCUUCUUUCAUUCAAGUCUUUCUUGCCUUAUAAGUUGUUUUUUGUGUAAUGUAUAAAUACAAUUUUGUAACAUAAUACAAUUAGGUAUUUAUAAAAAAAAUGAAAAGAAAAAAAAUUGAAAAGAUAUUGAAGAAAUAAAAGAUAAAUGUUUACCAAAAUGAAAU